AUGCCUCCCAAGAAGAAACUUCGGGGGGCGGCGGGGGUCGCAAAGGCUUUCGCUUCAGGUGACAAAAGUCUGGCAACAGCCAGCAAUGUGGAAUCAGUUUGCCCCCUCAUGCUAGCUUGCAAUGCUUGCAUUGACUCAAUGUACUCCCUUCGGCACAAAACAGAUGCCGACAUACCAACCGAGGGCUUGAAUGAACUUCCCCUUGAUGGUUCCGGGAAACAGUAUGUGUGGCCAGUUGAACAGGGUGGUACCUUCAAGGACAUUGCCCAAAGAGCAUGGAAAUCCCCAGAUAGACUUAUGGCUGAGAGCUGUGAGAUGCUGAUAGCAGCCGGCAUCUUGGAUCCCGAUGCAACAGUCAACGAGUGGCCACCCCAAGCUGGAGCUUCCUUUGAGACUAGCGUGCUGAUGUGGAGUUUCCAGAACGAAUCCUUCUGGCGUGGGAAACAUGUGGCCAUGUCCGAAAUCAUCGGCACAGCCAGGUCUAUCUCCCUUAGCCGUUUUCGAGAGGGGGAAACAAUCUCUCUGCGGUUGCCACCAACCUUCGAGCAGGUGGAUGCGAGCUGUGACAGCCAGCACUUUGCGACGGGCACCCUGUGGUUUGGGGAUGGGUCACAAAAAACCUUAUCGGCCUUCACCGUUUGGAUGUCAAUGUUGAUUUGCUGGAAGAACCACAAAGAAUUCAUUGGUCAUCCUCAAGUGGUCCAGUUGCUAUCAAGCAUGCUGGUGAUUGGCACCAUUUACAAAGCCACAGAUUCGGCAACUACCAACUCCUUGCAGAGCUUGAUUGGGAAGAUUGUCAAACAAAAUGCUGAUAGUCGUGUUCAACCGGUAUCAAGUCUACAAUGGGCUUCCAUCCUGAUGGCAAUGAAAGAUGAAUCUGGGGGACCAUUAGGAUUUGAUGCAGCAAUGGAUGCAUACAACCAACAUCCCGAAGUACGGGCUAUGUCAGGCAAGACCGAUGAAAGCGGUGCCGGUUCCAUUGCUUUAGACCGGAGACGAAAAUUGGCUGUGAAGAACUGGUUGGAAAGAACAUGCCCUGAUGCCUUUGGAAUUGUUGAAGCUUCUACCCAUGAUUUGGCAUUUUCCCUUGGGCCAUUUGGGGAGACCAUAGCAUCCUACCAGUUUCUCUUCCUGGGGAGCACCACUACUGGGUUGGCACCAAACCUUGCGUGUGAACUUCACCCUUUGGAUCAUGAAGCCUUCGUCCCAAUUGACUACAAGCUACCGAUGAAUGACUUGGGUCAAACCAUUCUUUUCAAAAGGAUCCAGAGCACUUUUGACCGGGAAACCAAAUUGGUUAGUGCUGCCCACAAAAAAAAGUAUCGACUGGGGGAAGAGAACCUGAAAAACCUCCGGAAUCUGUGCUGCCUGUUUGCGCAGCUCGUCCCACACUUGGAGACUCGGUUGCCACCACCUGACAUGAAAAAAUGGGUGAAAGAAUUCUCUGAGUCAGCACAGAGAGAUGAAGACAUCAAGUUCAUCAUGUAUGCACAACCAGUGAACUUUUCACUCAGCAUGCUUCCAUCGUCAUGUGCUGUUGCGCAAGAACAAGCUCAACAACGGGAACAGGCAAUUUGUUUGACAGUGGAAAAGCAAAGGCUUGAUGUCCUGGAUGCACAAUGGUCGUUUUUCAAGUCUGCUUUGAUGCGUGAUCAAUGCUUGAUUGAAAAAAUCAAGGAAGUUCCAAGGAAAGUGGCUACCAAGUUGCAUCAAAAGCAGGUCAAACACAUGCAGGAGCAAGCCAAAGCAGGGGAGGCAGCGGUUUCUGGCUACGCCGAGAAGUAUUUGAGGGUGGUCCAUGUGCCCCGUACCGAGCUAACUACUUCGGAGAUCUCUGAGAUGAGAGAUGCUGUGGUAAAGGAUGCUGGCUGCACCGGAGAUGACAUCACCUUUGUCAGCUUGUGCGACUUCAAUGUUCCAAAUUGCAGGGCAAGCAGUAGCAUUGAUGCACUGACCGAACGAAUUGCUGCUGUCAACAACACAGCCCCAGAGAGAAACGUGGGAUUGGCAAUCUUUCCUGACCUCCCAAAAGAUUCAAGCCUUCGUGGACUCUAUGAUGAAGAAAAAGCACUGCAAGAAGCUUUUUUUGCUUUGCGGCAACAUUGCGACACAAGAUUCAUAGAGCUGUUCGACAGAGACAAACGAUCCCUUCAAAAGAGCAACUCCAGGCGAUUUGGGAGUGGACGGAUUGUUGUGAACCACGACAAGUGUGAUGCGAACCCAUGGUUAUCAACCUCAGACCUGGCCAUUUCUGGCCGCCCAGUUCGUGAGAACGAGAGUGAAUCAGGGGCCCCCACAAUCAAACUACCAAAGGGUCAGGAGUUGCUUUUGCCGGAAGCAGGAUCCCCAGACCAAGACCUACGCAUGUCAGAACGGCUGAAACCAAGCCCAGAACAAGCAGCCGCCCAAAAAGGGAUUAGCAGAGCUGAGACACUCCUUGUCUCUCUUUUCAAGGGGAUGAAAAUGAGGGGACCAACGUUGCUCAUCAAUUUCACUGGAUAUGUGGAAGAGUUUGGUGUUGCAGUUUUCAACUUGCGCCAGCAGGGUGUGGUGGAGGGCAUUGACUUCAAAAGAAUCUACUGCCUGAGCACCCACUUUUUGGAUUCACCGGAGACUGCAGAGUAUGGGAAAACUAGGGUUGUGAGAGAACUCCUAGAUGCCUGGUGUGACAAAAGGAUGGUUCAUGCGGGUAUCAAAUACACUGAUUCUGAUGUCAAACUUUCUGAGGAAGAGUUGAGCCAAAUUCCAGGGUCAGAGGUUGUCAAGAGUGUUGAUGCUUUGAAACUUGAAGUGACAGUUCGAAACGGAAGCUCCAUAGAGAUUCACCCGGACCAAGCGAAACUUUGGAAGACCCAGGGGGGGAACUAUGCUGAUGAGUUUGAAAAGCUUGUUCAAACACAUGACAAGACCUACAAGAACAUGUUGGCUGGGAUCAUCAACACUGGGGGUUCAGGUUCAACUUCACCACCUGUGCCCAUUACCAACCAGGAUGGGGAGGGUCAGCAACCGGAGGUGGUGGUUCCUGCACCUUCUGUCUCUGAUUUUGAGUCAGUGGACGCUCUGAAGGCGACGGAUGAGAUCCAGUUCAAGGCUGUGUCGGAGAUUGCCGAUGUCGAACUUUUGAGGGGAAAAUCAGGGUCUACCUACCUAGUGGCAGUGAAGAAGAACCGGGACCUUCCACGAUACACAAUCAUUGGAGGAUUUGGAACUGGGAAGUUCGUUCCUGUGGCCACCCCGGAGGAAGGGCUUUUGUUGGAGUGGCCAGACUCUGACAAGUCACUGAUCCAAGUGGACCAUGGAUCCACCAACCCUGAAUCCACCAACACGGAGGUUAUGUCCAUUUACCGAUACAUGGUACUUUUGGAACGCCAGAAAAAGAUCACCAAGUAUGAACUCUCAUACUCUGAGGUUUCUCGUUUGUCGGGCGGUGACACUGACGGGUUUUCUGUGAAAAUUUCCCAGGGACACAAGUUCAAGACUAUGAAUGAUGCCUCAAAAGCGGCUUCUUGCAAGACUUGGUUUGGAGAUUCCAUUUCGGCUGUGGAAGCUUCAACUAUGGUUUCCAAAGUCUUUCGAGUGAGAUUCGACCGGGUGAACCAAUGCUCGAAACUCCAGAAGCCCUAUGUGAUGUUGAAACAUGCACUAUCCCUACAACUUGGUCGCCCAGUUAAGGAACCUGAGGAGGACAGAGAGGAGGACCAAAAGAAUGAUUCCCAGAAAGAUUCAGUUUUGACUUCCAAGACUUUCGAGAAGCAAGGAGACCCCAAAACUGAAACCCAGACAGCCACGACCGAAGACUCCCAGGAAUUGUUUCAAGCUUCUCCUGUCCAUAGCCCUGUAGCCGAACCUUCGACGAGGGGAAGGGGAAGGGGAAGGGGAAAAGGAAAAGGACGUGGCCGUGGUGGUUUGAAACGACCAGCAGCGGCACCCUUGAAGCGACCAGCAGCAGCAUCACCCUUGAAACAACCAGCAACUCCCGAGGGCACCGAGGACACUAAGGAUACCGAGGACACUAAGGACCUUGAGGACGCUGAGGACAAGUCCAAUGAGAAGGUUCCAACUACGGCGCAUGUUGGUGUUGAGGGUGAUGGUCAUGGUGGGGGUUCUUCAGGUGCAGGCCUUCCUACUACCAACAAGCCAAAGGUGUCCCCCAAGGUCGACAAGCAGAAAGAGAAGAAAACGAAGAAGGGUGGUUGCAAACGAGUUUUGUUGAAGACGGUGGGAUCCUGGCAGGUAUAUGAGACGCUUCGUGAGACGGGAGUUCAUAAGGGGCAAAAGUACAAAUCUUUUGUGGAUACCUCUGCUGGUGUCACCUACUAUAGCAAAAAAGAGGCACCCCCUGAUCUAAAGGAUCGCAUCUUGGCCGAGGCGGAUGGUGAAACCUUUGGAACUCCUCAACGAAAUGAGGUGAGGGCAAAUCGAAGUCGAAAGCUGGCAGAAAUCGAAGAAAGGGACAAGAUUCAGGAAUUACAAAGUCGCACCGGAGAGCCAAAGGCAGCGCUGGAGGUCUCCACGGUCGAGCCUCGACCCACCUUGCCUGUGGCCAGUAAGGCGCAAGCAGAGCCAAGCAAGUGGUCCCUCGGAACGGUACGCUGCCGCGGGGCCACCUCUAACGAUGGGGCUGCCGGCACCAUCCCGGUGAGCCCCAUCCAUCCGCUGGAUAUGUCCCUUCCAGCAGUUGCCCGAGGCUCGCCCACCAGCCGUCCCUUGGGCUCGCCCACCAGCCGUCCCUUGGUGUCGCCCGGAGCUGGCUGGAGCCCAGAAGAUGAGCGACUCCAGCAGGAGGCCAUUCGCACCAUUGAAAUCUUGCGCUGCAAAGCUGAAAAGGCACAGGAUACCAGCACGACUGGCCGGAAGGAGAUGGCACCUGAGUGGAGCUGGAAGGAAGCAUCAAAGCAGCAGGUGAUGUGCUUGGAAUACGAGUUGGAUGGCAAAGAAGCUGCGCUUCAGUUGGCCGAAAAGCAUUUGGAGCAACGAGACGCAGAGUUGCAAGAGGUCCAUCAGCAGCUGGAAUUGCUCCGCGCGGGCGAUGCAGCAGCAGAGGAUGCUGCGCGGAUACGAAGUUUGAGGAUUGAGCUUGAAGAAAAGGAUCGCCAGCUCGAGUUGAAGGACACUCAUAUCCAGCAACUCAUGGCUAUAUUACACCAGCAUGGAAGCAGCUUAGUUGGCGGAGAGUCAGAUCGCCACACUUCCGCCUCGCUCUUCAAUGUCUCUGCCUAUCCGACCAGCUCCUUCAGAUGAGCCAGGAUGUCAUUGCCAAAGUGGAUCGGAUUAAAUUGUAAACGCUUGAGCAUGUGCUAAGACUGCUAAGAGACGUUUGAUCAGCUGAGUAGACCUUGGUUUCGUUUCUUGAUUGCGAU